UGAUGGGUGAAAAUGUUACUUUUAUUUUGAGAAACGCCUGACGGACAGAUUUUAAAAUUGAAAAGUCUUGCAAAUUGCCGCAAGAUCUCCUACAUGUGAAUUUUGACUGUAUCCCAUUGGAACAAAGACGUAUUUCCAUUCCGCCCGCUUUUUUUUUGUGUGUGCCACGAGCAGUUUAGAUGUACUGAUGUACUUUGACCAGUGGCUCCAGUCCUUAAUGAAACGGAUCUAUGUUGUAUCAAUUUUGACAAGAUGCCUGUCGACAUCAAUGAAGUGAUGAAAUUGGUGCACCAUAUUUCGGAGGUGGAAAAGAUGCAUGUCGCAAUAAAGAGUUCUGCAAAAGGGGCACUUUUGGCUGGUGCAAUCGCGUUUGCAGGAGGUUUGGUUGGUGGUCCUCCAGGAAUCGCAGUUGGUGGUGCAUUUGGUGGGUUGUUGGGUGCCUGGAUGACAAGUGGACAAUUUAAACCAGUGCCCCAGCUACUUAUGGAGCUUCUACCAAAUCAACGGCAGGUCCUAUGUGACGAUGUAAGGAAUAUUGUCCAGCAUUUGGACUGGACUGACGGAGUCCAAUUGAUAUCAUUAGUAAUGGGAAAUGCUGCCUUGAAGAGCCAGGUAUUGGCAGCAAUAAGUGGAUAUUUUAUGAGACAAUUCAAUGCUGAGGUACGAUACCAUGACUGAAAUCUACGCAAUUCUUGAAAUAUGAAUUUUACUGAGUAGAUAGGCGCACAGUAUUGCCUACAAAUUCAAGGAUCUAUGAAGAAUGCUAUCUUGAUUAUGCUGCUGUGAUGCUGGUGAAUUUUGCUGUUUUAAAUAUUGGUUAGAAUGGGGUGGCAUUUGGCUCGCAGGUUGGUGCAAAAAUACAUUCGCCUGUUCAGCUCUGUUGACUUAAAAAGAAAGGGAACUGGUGGCAAAUACAAUCUUGCCCAUUUCAGCGAUACCACCCAGGAUAAAGUUCUCCCCUAAUUGUAUUGGCAUCAGGAUUCCUUAAAUUUGUUUUAAUUUUUUUUGUUGUUUACCUUCUCUUGUCAUUUGUCAGCAAUCAACGAAUAGGAAAUGGACUGAGUUCAUAAAUAAGGAAUAACUCUUUGGUAACUGGAUACAUAAGGAAUAACUGGACUUUUUUUUUCAAAAGCUCGUUAAUGCUCUUUUAAUUUGAUGAUGCUUGAAAAAAAUGGUAAUUUAAAAAAGUGUCUGGAUACAUGCUGGAAAGCUGUAAGAAAUGAUCUCACAGUUACUGUUUGGAAAUUAACAUCUCACCAGCUAGUCAUCUCAGUCAAGCUGAUGUGUCUGUAAAUUCUGAUAAGAUAGUUUAGUGGUCAAAUGAAACAUUAGAUGCUCAACAGGGAUAUCAGGUCUCAGAAUGAACUGGACAAAGUUAAUCAAGUGGAAUUUGUCAAAGUAAUUAGUGAGAAUUGGAACAUAACUGUAGCUUGGAGAGCCUUUCUGGAUUAGUUAUAAGGUUAGGCUACAGCCUUGCACAACAUGACUGCGUGUACAAUAUCCACAAUGCAGCUGGAGGCCCUGUAUACACGUCUGCCAAUCAACCAGUCAUAUCAAUAGAAACAUAGAAAAUAGGUGCAGGAGUGGGCCAUUCGGCCCUUCGAGCCUGAACCACCAUUCAGUAUGAUCAUGGCUGAUCGUCCAACUCAGAACCCUGUACCUGCUUUCUCUCCAUAGCCCCUGAUCCCUUCAGCCACAAGGGCCAUAUCUAACUUCCUCUUAAAUAUAGCCAGUGAACCGGCCUCAACUGUUUCCUGUGGCAGAGAAUUCCACAAAUUCACCACUCUCUGUGCGAAGAAGUUUUUCCUCAUCUUGGUCCUAAAAGGCUUCCCCUUUAUCUUUAAACUGCGACCCCUCGUUCUGGACUUCCCCAACAUCAGAAACAAUCUUCCUGAUAAUAUUGACCCUGAUAUUAACUUAUUAACCAAGUAUGAACACGGAUGUAUUUGUUCCAUGUUCCAUUGUUCCAUGCAAUGCCAAAAUGAUCCAAAAUUUAUUUGGUCUCUAUCUUUAAAGAAACUGUACAAUGUGCAUAAAGUGAGAAUAAAAGUUAACAAAUGGGUCACUGUCCCAAAUUGUAGAUUGGACAAUAACAAUGCAAAAGUUAAAGAAUACUAAACAGCAGCAGCAAAGUACAUUUGGCAGUGUUUUUAGUAGGCAGAAAGCUGUUUCCAAAUGCUUUAGCCAGUGUGCUAAUCACUAAAGGAUGAACAAGAAGAGAAAAAGAAAAUUGCAUGAACAGUGGCAGGUUAGGGUUAAACUGAAGAAUGUACAUCAGUAAACAGGGAGUAGCGUGGAUUAAGUAAAUCUGAGGAGGGUAAACCUGACUUGAGUGUGGAAUACUUGAAGGAGCGGCACUUUAUUUUACUGUAACUGAAGUGGGUUACUGCAGCAUAGUGGGAUUUUCCAUGUUGUUAUUGAACUCCGCCUGUAAGCAGGAAAUUCCAUGGCAGGCUGGCCCACAUGUCAACCCGAGCUCUUUCUGGAAAAUUCCUCAGGGCAUUCCCACAACGGACUCGACUCUUACUGGCAGUAGUGCUACACUGGGGAGAAAUAAAUGUGGACUUUGAACAUAUCCAAAGAUGUACUGGUUGGUAAGUUAAUUGGUCAUUGUAAAUUGUCACGUGAUUAGGCUAGGAUUAAGUUGAGAGAUUGCUGGAUGGUGAGGUUCGAAGGGCUGGAAGGGGCAACUCUACGCUGUUUGUCAAUAACUAAAAGUUGUUUUCUCUGAGAAGCACAAUUAGAACUGAGGAAAAAUCUCAAUAAUGUCUACAGAUUUGAGGGUGAAAGUGGUGCACAGUCUGAGGAAAUUGAGGGAGAUAUGUAAUAUUAUAAACAAGAGAAAAUCUGCAGAUGCUGGAAAUCCGAGCAACACUCUCAAAAUGCUGAAGGAAUUCUGUAAUUAUUGUUCUUAUUGCCCAUUGUUAAUUUUCAAUAGCUGCAGCAGAGGUCAUAGAUCAUCUGAGCCACACAGCCUUUUUGGGUGUUUAUCCCCAGUAUGAGGUUUAGCCCUCAUCUCAUUAGCCCGGUCAGUUCCAAUAUUCACUUUUACUUUCUGGCCCAAUUAUUAAUGUAUAAUCUAUACGUUGUCGUUGAUCUUUCCCUUGAGAAAAUAGCAAACGGAUUCCUCCCUAGUGCAGGUCACUUCUGCCACAGUGCUGUUGAGUGGAUGUUCCAGGUGAAACAUUCCCAACCCAGGAAGCACCGCGGAAACAUUGGUGAUCAUGUGAACUUGGUCAUUGUUACAGGCUUAGAAGGGCUGUUGGAGUAGUUCGAGUGAGUGACUGACGUACAGUUUGUAGGUGUUGGCAGUAAAGCUACUGAAACCCCCUGGUUUCCUUUGCUGCGUAAGUCGAGAGAAGAGAACCUCCAUUCCCGCCAAACUCGUGAGACUGAGGCGAUCUCCAACCCCAAACCCCUGUUGGUGUGGAUGCUGUGUAGUUUGCUAUCCUGUUACAAAUUAGUGCCACAUAGUACAUGGCAUACGGUUAAAAGAUUAUAUUUAUGAAUCUUAAUUUGACUAAAGGGUUAGUGAAGAAAAGAACAAAAAAAAAAGAAAAGGGCCCAUUUUAAUUAAAUAGCCGAAUGUGCACAAGUUGGAGCUCAAGUCAAUCUCGCCCCACCUUUGUUGAAUCGCGGUCCCGCUCCAGGUUGAAUCCUACGACCUUCUCUCCUGUGUCUUCCCUCUUCAUCCCCUCUCGAGCAAAAGCCCCAAGCCUAACCUUAGAGAAACCUCCCCUUAAUCUGACUGUCCUAAUGGAUGGCACACAUUUCUCCUCAUCUCUUAUCUUCAACAAUAACCCAAGCAAGCUGAAAACAGAACAGACUGCUCGUACAGCACUGCUAAAUGAAAUGCAUACAGCAUAACAGUAAAAAUAUGAACCAGGGCAUGAAGGAACUCUGCAGGUCAGGCAGUGUAUAUAGAAAGGAAUAAAGAGACCUGAUGAAGGGUCUUGGUGGGGAAGGUUGACUCUUUAUGCCUUUCUGUAGAUUCUGAGUUCUCUUGCAUUUUGUGCACGUUGCUCUGGAUUUCCAGCAUCUGCAGAAUCUCUUGUGUUUAUGAUAUGAGAACAUCCCAGAAGAUGAGUCAUAUGAAGGGUACUCAAUUCCUAACCUGCUGUUGUGGCAACAGUUUCUCUGUGACUUAUCCAGUUAAGUACUCAGUGCUGUUGCUGAUGGAAGUGAUAACAUCAUUGUUCAGACCAGGUGUUGAGAUGGUCAUUUUCUGGCAUUUAUCUGAACAUUACCUGCUUCAUAUCAGUCAGCGCUGAAUUUUUUUUCCAAUUGGUGCAUUCCUAAGGAAUGGCAUGAUUAAGGCCACGUCCACACUAGACCGGAUAAUUUUGAAAAUGCCGGCUUCGCGUAAAAACAUCCAGCCUCAACCAGGCAGUGGAGGAGGCCAUAGACAGACAUAUCAGUGUGGGAACGGGAAGUGGAAUUGUAACGGAUAGCUGUACUGCAGAUAGAGCAAAGGUGCUUGAUGAUGUGGUCCCCCAUUUUGUUUCUGGUCUCACUUCUAGGAGCACCAAAUACAAUAACUGACACCAAUGAGUUUAUUUGUGAAGGACUGCCUCACCUGGAAAGACUGUUUAGGACCCUGAAUGGAGGAGGAGGAGGUGCAGAGGCAGGUGUAAUAUUUAGCACAGUUCCAGGGUUAAGUACCUCUACGGGAGUUGCUGGGGAGGGAUGAUUCCACCAACAAUCAAGACUUGAGAAGUCUUUCUCAUUUCACUAUAGGUUUAUGAAAUUCCUCAAUUAAAAUUCAGCAUUUAAACUUUUUAGAUAUAUGCAAUAGUUAAUGAGUUUAAGGAUAAUUUUCUAAAUGUUCCCUGAUGUAAAGCCAAUUGAGAUCUUUAUGUUCAUGGAGAAUUAAAUGGUGCCCUUAACAAGGAAGAGCUUACAUAAUUGUGUGGAAAUAGAAAUGGAAAUCACAGCAAUAUCUGAGCUACUCAAAUGACAAAUUUUAAUUAAUCAGAGCAAAAGCUGAAGAUGAAUUGAAAACUUAUACAUUUUGAUGUUUCUAAUGACAUUCCUUGUUAAUGUGCUUUAAAAAAUUCUUGUACCGUUGCAUUAACCUAUGAAAUGUUGGUGUCUUCUUUAAUAAUAUCCUGUAAAUUAUUAACCUUAACUCUUGUGCACAUUUAUGCGAUCCAGAAUCAUGUAUCAGGACACCUGCUGUACAUUGUCAUUAAUUCCCAGCUUAAACGGAUGGGAAAAUGUCAACAUGCACUAAGUUAUCCAUCACAUGUCUGGCAACAUUGAAACAUAAAUGACUGGUUAGCACCAUCGGUUAAUUUAUUGAGCUAUUAACUCUCAGUUUGAAUUCAGCCCACACUGAUGGGAUUAAAAUUACAUCCUCAACAGAACUAAGUAAGUUAGCAUGGGUAGUUUUAUUUUAAGACACCGUGGGUAUAAAUUGUCAGUAGUGCAGAACUACCACUGGAAGAUAAAUUGCUUCUAAGUUGACAAGCUCCCCUUAAAAGAAACUGAAAAUUUUAAUGUAAAAGGCUACUUUCAGGAAUAGAGAUAUACAGACUUGAGACUACCUCUUUUUAAAAAAUAUAUUUUCAAAAGUUAGUCUGAAUAAUGUUCUAUAAGCUGUUGUAACACUGCUGGGAUUAUUACUGGAAGUUGCAAAUAUGAGUUCACGAUAAAAGAACAAAUGAUUUGUUGAGGGAGUGGAUAUCUGUUUUGAAAGCUUCACAAACACAGUUUAGCAGGGAAUGUAUAAAUUAGACAUAAAUUGAUUUAACACAUUUCUUAAAGUGGCAUGUUUAUGAAAAUUAAAUUAUUUUCAGAUUGUUUUAGAUAGUUUUCUCCAGUCAGAAGUUCACUUUAUUUUCACUGCAUUCUUUUACAGUAAGAUAUCCCAUAUUGUUGUAAAUAGUUAAAAUUCAAUCAUGCUAAACUGAAUGAUAUAGGGUGCAAUUUUGACUUGUAACUGGAAAGUUUAUGUAAGUUGUCUUAAACAAUGCAGGUGUAACUGGGAUCUGCUGAAUGACCUCAUUAUUUCAUUUCUGUGAUCCUUAAAUAUCCACUGCACAUGCCUGAUUGUAUCAACAAUAAAUAGCCAAUAUAAAUGUUAUAAUUUUCCUGUUAUUUUUUCACAUCAGCUUCAUAACAUGAAGGAUGUUUAUUGGUCAGAUGGUCAUGUAAUACUUUUCAUGUUCUGUCAUUUUUGCUUUAUAGUUAUUAUCGAAGACUGAGAGUUUAAAAAAAAGGGCAAUAUAAUUAAAGGAAAAUUGUGCCUAUUAUGUUAUCAAUCCUGAUUGUAAAAUACAGACCUAGUACACUGCAUCUGUAUUUCAUGAAUCUGAUAUUUUGGAAGAUAUUUAAGAGGUUGAUGAAAGAUUGCUGACGAAGUAGCUAAAACAUGAAAUACACUGGUGUAUUUCUAUGCUAGCAGCCAUGAUUUGUCUAUGUAAAGAUUGUGCAUGCUGGUGACAAAGUGGGUUUCCUGGGAUCUGGUUUCCUAAUACAAGAGAGGCUGGUUGUUCUGUUAAUUGGCACUUGUAAUUUACACCAAGUGUAGGUGGGCAGGAGGAGAAUCAAUGCAAGUUCAUGGACCUGUGAGACUUCAUGGCCAAACAAUCUCCAUGAGAGCACUUGUUGACAGUGUAAAUUGAUACAGUACUUCCAUUUACAGAAAGGAGCUAGUGUUAGAAAAUGAGGAUUUAAAAUUGCAUUAUUAAACACGGCAAUGUUUGCUGCAUUAAGCUUUGAAGAACACAGUAACACUUGAGAAUUAGUGAGAAAAUUCGAUGGGCCCCUGUCUUGGUGGUCACCUUGCAUCCUCCUACACUUCCCUCCCUGGCUUCCAGCAAAAGGCGUAUUUUGGCCCAUUUUUUAAAAGAUAAUUUUGAUAAAAGGAAGAUGCAGUGAAUAUUACAAUUAUUGUUACUUAUUUUAAUUUUCUUAUGUUGAGAUUUUUAUUUUAUCCACUUGGGGCCAAAUUUGAAAUUGAGAUUUUCUUUAUAUGGACGAUCCUGUGUAAUACAGUGAUAAUUUUAAAAAAUAAAAUAUUAAAUUUCUUUAUGUAAAUAUAGAAAUAUAAGUAACUUUAAACAAUAUUAUUAUAAUACAUUUAUUGGUGUUGAGUGUGCACAGUGGAAAAUCUAAUGCAUCUUGACGGUAAGGAAUAGUAUCUAUACCCUUUGUGAUAUUUAACAAAGUUUUCUAAUGGUGAAUUCUUCCUUCUGCAGUGUGUAUUAUGUAUAGAUGGAACAAAAGUUGGAUUUGUACAGCUACAAUUUGUAAAAUGUGACUUAAUAAUAAAAAACAUU